GCUUCUUUUUUUCAGAUCUGAAAUCUCGUUUGCCAAACUCCGCCGCCGGUAUGUUAUUUCUCAUGUAUUAAGGCGUUUAGCCGCCGGAAAAACCCUAAAUAUUUUAGUAUUGAUUCUUCUUUUCCCUUCGAUUUGCAGAUCUGUAACGGCUUGGGGCCACAUCUUCUCCGACCAUAUCUUCUCGGACAAUAUAUUCUCCAACUGUAAGUCAUUCGUCUUUUGUUUAAAAGAUUUUGAGAUUGUUGUAGUCUUUUGCUGAAAGAUUACCCAGACGACUUCCAGGAAGUGAGAAGACUACUCAGACGACUUCCAGGAAGUGAGAAGACUACUUGGACGACUUCCAGGAAAGUCUUCUACUAUGUCUUACUCUCUGGACGACUUACAUGUAAGUCGUCCAGAGAGUAAGACAUAGUAGAAGACUUUCCUGGAAGUCGUCCAAGUAGUCUUCUCACUUCCUGGAAGUCGUCUGAGUAGUCUUCUCACUUCCUGUAAGUCGUCUGGAAGUCUUCUAUAGCAUUUAGCAUAGUGCGCAACCUAUGUGUUUGAGAUGGUUGUUUGUGAUUAUUUGCAGGCCUUUAAAUGGAUUUACCAGAAUUCCCGCCGAGGAUGUUUACAUUAGGAGAAGAGCCUGAUGCAAUCAGGAGCAUUUCGUAUCAUUCUGAUGACACGAAGUUGUUUAAAGCUCUAUGUGAUUGUCUCACAGCUGACGAAUAUGAGGAUCUGAAGGCGUCGAAGUUAGGAGUGUUCAUCAAAUUCAAGGAGCUUGACUUUGGUUGGACUUCAAGGCUGGUACAUUUUAUGCUCUCUUUCCAGCUAGACAUCAAGAAGAAGUUUGAGCUCUGGAGUCUUGUCGUUUCACAACCUGUGAGGUUUUCACUGAUAGAGUUUGAAUACCUCACUGAGCUGAACUGCGAUUACAUCAAGGACCUGGAAAAUCCAAGGUGUGAGGUUACGACGGAGAUGGCUGCUUUCUGGGAGAAGAUGGGUGUUGAUAUCGAUACUGGGCCAAGUAUUGAUCAGAUAACAGAAGCAUUUUACAACUGCGACGAGUGGUCUCGGGAUGAUCGCAUGCGGCUGGGAUACCUUGCCAUCUACGCAGGGUACAUCGAAGGGAAAAAGUUCUCAUCCGCUACAUCAGCUAGUCUUGCAAGGCUAGUGAUGGAUUUAGAAAAAUUUGAGAAUUAUCCAUGGGGGAGAGUGGCGUUUAAGGUGCUGAUGGAUUCUCUGAAGGCAAAAGACUUGACGCAAACUGGUUACACUGUUGAUGGGUUCAUACAAGUGCUCCAAGUGUGGGCGUACUAUGCUCUGCCAGAAUUGGGUGCUAAUUAUGGGUCUCCCGUACCAAACAGACCGUCUCCACUGUUGCUGGCUUACAAGGGUGGCAAAAGACAACGCAAAUUUUUUAAGGCUGCUAUCAAUAAACAGACUAUCGUGAAGAACUUCGUUCAGAAGGAUUUUGAUGAAAUGUUUCCAAAAUGGGACGGAGACGUAGAUGACCCUGCCGCGGAUAACAUAAUUAAAGUCAUGUUUAAUGAUCCUGGAUGGGAGUGGACCAUGGAAUGCUGGCCAGUCACCGGUACUCGCAAGGUUGUGAAGAUGGAAGUGAUUCCAGUGAAGAAUGAAGUGAGUCCCGUGAAGUCAGAGAGUGUUGUGAAAGAAGAAAGUAGCAGACCUCGGAAGAAAGCUCGUAAAGGGUCUUCUGUUUCUGCUGAGAAACCUGCGGCGGGUAGUGAAGGUCAGCAGAUUGAAAAGACCUUGAAGGACAUAUCUGAUGCCAUUAAUCUUGGCUUUGGGACGUGUCUUAAGGAGCUCAAGUUACUGGCGGAUAGGAUUGAAGCUGUGGAGAAGAAGGUGGGAAUCACCAACAGAGGGGGUUCAUCUGAUGAUCGUCAACUUACAACCACUUCAAAUCCACCAAAACCUGUUGACGAACCCGGGGUUAGUACCAAAACCUCUCCCAAAAUUGCAGAGAAGAGAGUCACUAGGCAAUGUGUUAGGAAGAGUCAGGACUGAUGUGAUUUGUUUCUUGUGUGCUUUGAUGAACAUGUGUGCUUUGUUUCUAGUGUGCUUUGAUGAACCACUGUAUGCCUUGAUUCUGAACAUGUGUGCUUUGUUUCUAGUGUGAAUUUGAUCUUUUGUUAAUAGUUUUUAAACACACUGUGAACUCGAAAUUGCAGAGUGAAAGUGUGAAUGGGGCGAAAGCAGGACAGAAGGAAGCCAAAGAACCGAGUCUUACUACAGAACCG